AUGACAGCUGUACGAGGAGCCCAUUCACACAACGCGAGCCCCACAGCGCCCAAGGAGAACGGACACACGGCGCCGAUCCCCGCUCCACCCUGCGACAGUUUCACCCAUCCCUCAACGGGGAACACACCCGAUGACACCCCGGUGUCCGCGACCAGCGAGCUGACCCACACCUGGGUGCACUUCGCUAAAACAUUUGUGCUCAUUUUCCCCAUUUAUGCACUGGGAUAUUUUGAGUUCAGCUUCAGCUGGCUGUUGAUUGGACUUGUUGUGUUUUUCUGGUGGAGGAGAAACACAGGAGGGAAAUACAGUCGACUGAGCCGAGCACUGGCUUUCUUUGAGCAAGAGGAGAGAAGUGUCAAGCAAAGUCUUACGACCUCUGAUUUGCCAUCAUGGGUCCAUUUCCCAGAUGUGGAGAGAGUGGAGUGGCUAAACAAGACAGUGAAACAGAUGUGGCCCUACAUCUGCCAGUUCGUGGAGAAACUUUUCCGCGAGACAAUCGAGCCAGCGGUGAAGGAGUCCAACGCCCACCUCAGCACCUUCUGCUUCAGCAAGAUCGACAUCGGAGACAAACCACUGAGGGUCAACGGGGUCAAGGUUUACACAGAGAAUGUGGAUAAGCGCCAGAUCAUCAUGGACCUACAGAUCAGUUUUGUAGGCAAUACGGAGAUUGACGUGGACAUCAAACGCUACUACUGCAAAGCUGGUAUCAAGAGCAUCCAGAUCCACGGUGUGUUGAGAGUGGUGAUGGAACCGUUGCUGGGCGAUAUGCCUCUUGUUGGAGCUCUGUCUCUUUUCUUCCUCAAGAAACCACUUCUAGACAUUAACUGGACAGGCCUCACCAACAUUCUGGACAUUCCCGGGCUCAAUGGCUUCUCUGACAGUCUGAUUCAAGACAUUAUCUACAGUUAUUUGGUAUUACCCAACCGUAUCACCAUCCCACUGGUUGGGGAUAUGGAACUGGCCCAACUACGCUUCCCCAUGCCAAAGGGAGUCCUGAGGAUUCAUUUCUUGGAGGCUCAGGAUCUGGAAGGGAAAGAUAAAUUUCUCGGUGGGCUGAUCAAGGGCAAAUCUGACCCCUAUGGCAUCCUGCAGAUCGGCAACCAACUGUUCCAGAGCAAAACAGUCAAAGAGAGCCUCCAUCCCAAAUGGAAUGAAGUUUACGAGGCAUUGGUGUAUGAGCACUCAGGUCAACACCUUGAGAUUGAACUGUUUGAUGAGGAUCCAGACAAGGAUGAUUUCCUGGGGAGCCUGAUGAUCGACAUGACCGAGCUGCACAAAGAACAAAAGGUUGAUGAGUGGUUUGACCUGGAGGAGGCUCCAACUGGGAAACUCCACUUAAAACUCGAGUGGCUGUCUCUGCUCUCUACUCCCACAAAGCUGGAUCAGGUACUGCGGAGCGUGCGUGCAGAUAGAAGCCUGGCCAAUGAUGGGCUAUCAUCAGCACUGCUGGUGGUGUAUCUGGAUUCAGCAAAGAAUCUGCCAAGCAACCUGUCAGAUUUCACCUAUGAUGGGUUGAAGCAAGUCUCAGUCUUUAAGGCCCUGAAGUCUGCAAAGAAGAGCAGCAGUGAGCCCAGUCCUUAUGUCCAAUUGACAGUUGGACACAAAACACUGGAGAGUAAGAUCCGGUAUAAGACCAAGGAGCCAAUGUGGGAAGAUUCUUUCUCAUUCCUUGUUCACAAUCCCAAGAGGCAGGAGUUGGAGGUGGAGGUAAAAGAUGACAAGCGGAAAUGCACCCUGGGUAAUCUGAUGGUGCCUCUGAGCAGCCUGUUGGCGGAGGAGGACAUGACGCUGACUCAGUGCUUUCCUCUCAAGAACUCCGGACCCAGCUCCACCAUCAAACUUAAGAUGGCCCUGAGGAUCCUGUCCCUGGAGAAGCAAGGAUCCUCAGACCAGCCCUCCUCCGUCCGGGUCAGGAAGUCCAGUGUGCCGCAGUCAGCCACUGCCCCCUCUCUGAGAACGUCGAUAUCAGAAUCCCCGCUGCCUUCGCCCACACCCCCUCCACCUAUAGACGCCUCCACUCUCACCCUCCAACAAAGAGAUGGAGAGCCGUACUCGGCCAGCCCUCUUCGCAGUACCUCCAACCUGAGCUCCUGCAUCUCCAGCUCACAGAAACACCUGCCUCAUAAGGAGUCCACACCCAGCCUGGCCUCGGAUAUCUCCUUGCCGUUUGCCACCUUGGAGCUUCAGCAGAGGCUACGGCAGCUGCAGAACGGCUCGGCCCUCAGCCAGUACCCCCUGGGCGAGGUCCAGCUGACUGUUCGACACAGCUCGCAGAGAAACAAACUCAUUGUGGUGGUGCACGCCUGCCGUAACUUGAUAGCCUUCACCAAAGACGGCUCAGAUCCCUUCAUCCGCCUCUAUUUGCUGCCUGACAAGAGUCGGACGGGGAGAAGGAAGACCGGCACAAUAAAAAGGACCCUGAAUCCUGUUUAUGAUCAAACGUUUGAAUUUAGUGUAUCUAUGGUAGAGCUCCACAGAAGAACUCUGGAUGUAGCAGUGAAGAAUGGAGGGAGCAUCCUGUCCAAACACAAAGGACUCUUGGGAAAGGUGCUGGUAGAUUUAAGUGGAGAUGAUAUAUCAAAAGGAUGGACACAAUGGUAUGAUCUGAGUGAAGAUGGUUUGUCGUCUCAGUGCAUGAGAAGUAUUCAAGACCCCCUCCUCACAUAG